CAAAACACCAAUGACUAUUCUGUGUGCAUUUGGAGCGAACAAACUAGCAAACAGAAAAUGACAGAUGAUAAACGUUUGGCACCAUUCCUCGUAAACGUUGACGCUACUAUAUACAAGUAAACUUUGGCGAUGGCUUCAAUGUUCACAUAAUCUUCCUACUACAAAACCCCCCAACACAACAACAUAUUCCAACAACAACAACAAACCUUGUCUCUCUUCUCUCCCUCUCUGUAACCAUGUCAUCAUCAGUAACACCGAUUCUGAAAGAUGAACUGGACAUCGUCAUUCCAACAAUAAGGAACCUCGAUUUCUUGGAACAGUGGAGACCAUUCUUCCAACCAUAUCAUCUCAUCAUCAUACAAGAUGGUGAUCCUUCUAAAGUCAUCAAAGUCCCUCAAGGCUUUGAUUAUGAGCUUUAUAAUCGUAACGAUAUUAACCGUAUUUUGGGUCCUAAGGCUUCUUGUAUUUCAUUCAAAGACUCGGCUUGUCGCUGCUUUGGUUUCGCCAUCUCCAAAAAAAAAUACAUCUUUACCAUUGACGAUGACUGCUUUGUUGCCAAAGAUCCAUCUGGCAAAGAAAUUGAUGCGCUACAGCAGCACAUUAAGAACUUGCUGACUCCAUCAACCCCGUUUUUCUUCAACACUCUGUAUGAUCCAUAUAGAGAAGGUGCAGAUUUUGUCCGCGGAUAUCCGUUCAGUCUUCGUGAAGGUGUUCCAACAGCCGUCUCUCAUGGACUCUGGCUUAACGUUCCUGAUUAUGAUGCUCCAACUCAGCUUGUCAAGCCUCUUGAAAGAAACACUAGGUAUGUAGAUGCUGUUAUGACAAUACCAAAGGGAACCCUCUUUCCCAUGUGUGGUAUGAAUUUGGCAUUCAACCGUGGUUUGAUCGGUCCCGCAUUGUACUUUGGACUCAUGGGUGAUGGCCAACCUAUCGGUCGCUACGAUGAUAUGUGGGCUGGCUGGUGCGCGAAGGUGAUAAGUGACCAUUUGGGACUAGGAGUGAAGACUGGUUUGCCUUAUCUGUGGCACAGCAAAGCUAGCAACCCAUUUGUGAACCUUAAGAAAGAGUACAAAGGAAUAUACUGGCAGGAAGAACUGAUACCGUUUUUCCAAUCUGUUUCUCUUCCAAAGGAAUGCACAACUCCUCAGAAAUGCUACAUUGAACUCUCCAAAAAAGUUAAGGCAAAACUUGGAUUGGUUGAUGACUAUUUUAACAAGCUUGCUGAUGCAAUGGUCACUUGGAUUGAAGUUUGGGAUGAGCUUAACUUUUCUGAGGAAAACACUGUUGCAUUGCCUAAUGGUUCAGAAAAGUAGAUUCUUGAUUUGAGGCUCUAGGAAUAAGUUGUUAUGCAGGAGUGAAGUUUGAAUGUGUCUUUAUUUGUACUGUUUUAUAUCAUUUCUUCAGAUUAAUGUAUUGAAGCAUAAGCUUUAUCUAAAUGGACUUGAAUAGUUAUUUUA